AUGCAACUACACUAUCUGAUCGCACUCGGGACAUUGUCCUCUCUCGCUGCUGCUCAUCCCGGCCCCGCUGCUGAUCUACCCUCAACAUGGGACUUCACCUCAACUGUCACCGUCACCGUACCUAUAGCCACCCCGACGACCGAUGUCAACAACGUCAAGGCCCACGCGAAACGCUUUCAUGGGGACUGGGUCAUUCAGAAGCGAGCCUCGACGACUGAGGAGACAUCCUCAACCACCUCUGAGUCGACCACCUCGACGAGUUCAACGUCAACUACGAGCACGACAGAGUCAACCACUUCCACCACCUCUACCACUUCUUCCAGCACCACGGAAGCCACUACAAGCUCUACCACCUCCACAGUCUCCUCCACCACCUCUACAGCAAGCAGCACCACCUCGUCAAGUACGACCACUUCCGCCACCUCACAAUCCACUACCACUGCAGCAACCACAACGACCAAGACCACAUCGACAGCCUCAACCACCACCUCAACCGCAUCGGCCACCAACUCCGCCAGCGCUGCCAAGGCUGCCUACAACCGGCGCGGUGAGAUUGCUGCCAUCGUCACUUUCACCAUCCUGAUCCUACUUUUCAUCGGCGUCGCCGCGUUCAUGUGCACGCGGGAUAAGCGCAAGAGAAGACGCAUCGAAGCCAGGGCAGCCGCCAAGGCCGCGGACUACUCGAUGGUAUCCCUGACCGAAAGCGCGCGACCGCAGAGCGAGGCGAAAUUUGACCGAGCGUCGGUGAUGUUCGCGACGGCACCCUCCCGCAGUGAGCUGGGCUUGAGCACCCCAUUAACGCGUCCCUCUUCUCUCGCGACGAGUGAAGUCUUGCGCCAGAGCCCGACCCCGGCGGCUGCCCCAGAUACUCCGCCAGAAGCGCAGCACCGCGCUGGGAAUUUUGUGUGAUGUAGUCGAGAAUCAUG